AUGAAGUUAGGUGGAUUUCAACUGACUAAAUGGCUAAGUAACAGCAGAGAAGUUUUGAAUGUAAUCCCAGAAUCCGAACGCGCCCCUUCUUCUUGUGACCGCGCCUUAGGAGUACUUUGGAAUGUAAAUGAAGAUAAAAUUUGUUUUAAAGUAACAUUGGAAAAGAAGCCUUUCACGAGACGUGGAAUUCUUUCUGUCGUAAGUGCUAUAUACGACCCACUUGGACUUGUGUCACCUGCUUCACUCCAGGCCAAAGAUAUAGUACAAAGUUUGUGCAGAUUGAAGAUUGGCUGGGACGACCAGAUACCACACAACAUCAGUAAUGAAUGGCAAACUUGGUUAUCUACCUUAUCCAGCUUAGAAAAGCUAUCUGUGAAUCGCUUGUUCAGACCACAAGGAUUUGGGACCGUCAGAAAUACCCAGUUACAUAUAUUCAGUGAUGGCUCGGAACGAGGCUAUGGUGCAUGCGCUUACUUGCGUUUUGUUGAUGUACAUGACAACGUACAUUGUUCCCUGGUGAUAGGAAAAUCUCAUCUAGCACCAAUAAAGCAGAUGUCUAUUCCACGACUUGAGUUAUCUGGCGCUGUAUUAGGGUGUAGAUUAUUUGCAAUGUUAUCUGAAGAAUUAGAUAUGAACUUUGACCAUUUUACUUUUUGGACAGACUCCAUGAUUGUUCUUGGAUAUAUAAUUUAUAACGUGUUCAAGCGGUUCAAGACGUUUGUUGGGAAUAGACUCAGCAUAAUUCAUGAAACAACUUCCCCAGACCAGUGGCACCAUGUACACACAAGUUCGAAUCCCGCAGACAUAGCUUCCAGAGGAAUAAGUGCAUACGAUAGUGAAAAACUUAAUUUAUGGUUAAAUGGACCUAUGUUUCUUCAGCAAGACUCUAAAAAAUUGACAAAAAAUCCACUUCCGCUGGAAAUAGCAGAAAAUGAUAACGAGGUCAAAAAAGAAGUCCUGAUUAAUAAAACUUCUGCAGCUGAAUGCCUAGAUAGCAUUAUAGAUCGCUAUUGUAGCUGGACGAAACUAAGAAGAGCAGUCGCAUGGUUGCUAAGAUACAAGAAUUUCUGCAGACAGCGAUACCUAAAACACAAGUUGAAAAUGGUAGAUGGCAACUUAACAUUAGAAGAAAUGCAGACAGCAGAGCAUAAUAUAAUGUUGUAUGUACAGAAAACAGCAUUUUCCAGUGAAAUUAACAAUUUACAAAAUUCUAAGCCGGUCAAAAAGGACAGUAGUAUAGCUUCAUUGAAUCCUAUGAUAUAUGAUGACCUCAUUCGGGUACAGGGUCGACUUCAAUCUCGCAACCAGAGUAAUUGUCCAGUGAUACUACCCAAUAAAAAUACCGUGACAAGAUUGAUAAUGCGACAUAUACAUGAAAAUAAUGGUCACGCCGGGAAACAGCAUGUACUAGCCGCAUCCCGUGAAUAA